AUGGAGGCCAAAGAAAAGUAUAUCCAAGGAAAUAUAAAUACAAAUUACACUCCGUGCGAUGACUUCUACAACUUCGCGGCGGGAGAAAUGGACCUAACUGGUCUGCGCACCGGGCUGGAAAAUUAUGUUCUGAAGUUAAUAAAGGAUUCAAAAAAUCAUGCGGUAAGGAUGGGGGAGGUGAAUCGACUUGGCAAGGUAGGAUGUAAGACUUUAGGCGCCAGAUGAGCCAGCGAGAGACUAUAUGUUGUAAAAGUGUGGUGCAGCUGCACCGCUGUUUCACGAACAGCAAAACUUGUCCAUAACAUAGGAUUUAUGAGGUCUUUAACUCAAUUCUAGGCUAAUAGAACGAUUGACUGUACGUUGCAUUCAUGCAAAGACAUCUUUCGAAAAUUGGAUCCUGGGAAAAACCCCGUCUAUUCUUGCACACGGCCUCCAAGUCAAUUUUAACUUAGUGUCCAUCGAGAGACUACCAUGUCAACUAAAACCACGACUAACUGAAAAUCUUAAAUCAAACUUUCAGUACAGCAAAUCAACAAGAGAAUUUCAGCUUCCGGUAAUGCGCAAUGUGUACGAGCAAUACGAAACGUGCGACAAGGAUGAGAUUCCUUUCGUAGAACUGAACAUGACCGAACGAGUGGCGUUUGUCCUCAAACGCCUAAAGGACAUUCAAUUCCCGAUUCAGCCGACGGAUCACAGGAUAACCGACGAAAACAAGUACCGCAGGCUGAUCUUCCGAAUGUACCGCGCGCUCUUGGAACGGGGAUCCCGGCUGUUGAAUGAGGUGGCCAUCGAAGCUGCCAUGGGAUUCACCUUCCUCCGACCCAGCACCUUUGAACUGUCGGAGGAUGAGACGGGCCCAAUAUGGUAACGUAUAUAGUUGUUAAUGAAUCAAGUGUUGCUUUAAGGGAUGCAUAUUGCGCCGCAUCCAAUUGUACCUCUCGGGAUAAAAGUCAAGGCAACUAUGUCUAUCGUCUCGACCAAUUGAAAAACACUUCCAUUCCCGAGUUUGUCAGCAUAUUUUUUCGGUGCAAUAUCAGCAGCAUCAAGCAGGUUUAUACGCCGGUCUGCGACAACUGUAACGAAGGAAAUGAGGUAAGGGUUGUUUAUUCAGAAAGAGCGAAAUCUAUGCGCAGCAAACUACAGUGAGGGACCUGACCUAGGGGCAAAAAACAUACCAUUUUGCAUCUAGGAAGCAUCAAAAAAUGUGGCAAAAUACUCCCUCUCCAAGAGAAAAAACUCAGAUUUCAAAAGCACGCCCGCUCGUUUUGUAAUGGAAAGGGCGCGCCCUUCAAAACGAAGUUUUUUUACUUGGAGAGGGAAGCAUUUUGUUACAUUUUUGAUACUUCCCGGAUGCAAAUUGGUCGGUUUUUUGCCACUGGAUCAGGUCCUCCACUGUAGUGAGCAACAAAACUUGUAUAGAGCGGGCAGUUUCAGAGUUUCCAACAGUGGCGGACUUGAUCUAGUGGCAAAAAACCUACGGUUUUUUCUUCCAGGAAGUAUCAAAAAAAUGUAGCAAAAUGCCUCACUCUCCAAGUGGAAAAAAACUUCGUUUUGAAGUUCCCUCACAAAAAGAGGGUUGAACCUGAACUCUACCCUAAGCAUGGCUGCAAACCGGGCCAGCCGGGCUUAAAUCUCCAAGCCCGGCCCGGGCCCGGGCUUGGGAAAUUUGGAAAGCCCGGCCCGGUGCGGCCCGGAAAAUUUUAUACUGGUUUGGAAAGAAAGAAAGCGGGAAAUUAAAAGAAAAUUAUGGCAAAUAUUCGCAAGAUGUAAAGAAAAAUUUAGCAAAACCUAGGUACAUAAGGUCACUUUACGUUCGCUAUCAGCAUUGUGUUCGAAAAAAUGAAAAAUCCUAUUGUAAAAGCUUAUUUUUUCCUUUUUUCCGGGCAAAACUCAAAUUUCAAAAAACCGGGCCGGCCCGGGCCGGGCCGGGCCUGAAAAUCGAAGCCCGGAGUCGGGCCGAGAAGUUAGUCGGCCCGGCACGUCGUUUUUUUCUGCUAAUUAUGGUUUGUCCCACCACGACUAAAUUUAUCAGUGCCAAAAAGUUUUGGCGUUGUGCAAAAAUCGGAAAAUUCACUUUUUAUUUUCCGCAGAAACUAAAAUCGACCAGUGCUAAUCGGAGAGCAAAGAAAACAUUUCGAAAAUUAGUGGUAUAGGAACGUAAGUCGCUAUUUUCACUUUUUGUUUGAUUUUUAGGAAUCCAUUGAAAUCGGAUGUCUAGUAUAAUAUGAAGUUGAAUUUUCUCGAAAAGUAGCUCUGAAACCUGGUCUGAUUUUUUGUGUUCAGCUUCGUCAUAUCUUCAUGCAGCUCAUGAGCUAUCGAGAACCCCAAGAUUGGGAUCGAGGGUCAAGUUACCGGUCAAUCUUUUGUUAUUAUAGGUCAACUUUAGCGUGAAAUUCUGAGCUCAAGAAACGAUUUUACAAUACAGAUUUAGCGCAAGCGGCAGCCGCAACACGUCAAAUUUGCGUAAACACAAUUAUUUCGAUAUAUCGAUCAACCGUGUUGGCGUAAAACCGGUCGUGGUAAAUCAAAGUUUGUGGCGUUUCGUUCCGAUUUUUUCACUCAAUAAUGGAGCCGUCAAGCUAAAAAAUCACUUUUCAAUUACGCGCCAACGAUGUGCCCGGCCCGGGCCGGAAAAUUUUGCAAAGCCCGGCCCGGAGCCAUGCCUACUCUACCCCUUUUCUGAACUUUACCCCUUCAGAACUUUACCCCUUUUUCAACUCCACCCCUUGAAUGAACUUUACCCCUUUUUGAACACUACCCCUCAUUUUGAAAAUUGAAAAAAUGAGGUGUGACAUCUUAUACGAUGAAAAAUUUUUUCAAAUUGAGAAAAAUUAGGUGUGACACCUUAUACGAUGAAAAAUUUUUUCAAAUUGAGAAAAAUAAGAUGUGACAACUUAUACGAUGAAAAAUUUUUUCAAAUUGAAAAGAAUAAGGUGUGACACCUUAUACGAUGAAAAAUUUUUUCAAAUUGAGAAAAAGAAGAUGUGACAACUUAUACGAUGAAAUUUUUUUCAAAAUGAAAAGAAUAAGAUGUGACAACUUAUUCUUUUCAAUUUGAAAAAAAUUUUGCAUCGUAUAACAUGUCACACCUUAUUCUUUUCAGUUUGAAAAAUUUUUCAUCGUAUAAGAUGUCACACCUUAUUUUUUCAAUUUUCAAAAUGGGGUAGUGUUUAAAAAGGGGUAGAGUUCCGAUUUUUUGGCGAAAAUCAAAAAAGGGGUAGAGUUCAGCCUUUUUUGGGGUAGAGUUGAAAAAGGGGUAAAGUUCAGAUUGGGGUAAAGUUCAGAAAAGGGGUAGAGAUCUGCCGCAACGCAAAAAGAGCGCGCUUUUAAAAAAUCGGAGUUUUUUACUUGGAGAGGGAGAUAUUUUCCCACAUUUUUUGAUACUUCCCGGUAGCAAAAUGGUACGUUUUUUACCACUAGAUCAGGUCCGCCACUGUAUAUUGUAGUCAUUCUUUUCAAUCUUGCAAUAGGCGCCGACCUGGGCAUUACCGUUGCCGUAUAGCACGGUUGUUGUUGCCAAAAGUGCUAAAAGUUUCCAUUCUUAGGCCAUCCGAAAAAGGCUAUAUGGAAUUUAUUUUUGCCUGAUUUUACUGGCGCACCCUGUAGAGUCAACGUUAGGUCAAACUGAGCCUCCGUACAACGAAUCCCUUGAAUUACAAAAUUGGUUUUUGGUACCUCGCAAUUUGUUCUACAUUGGCUUGAAGUAUUUGAUGGUCUUAUAAAAAGAUAAAAAACAUUUAGAUGAAAUCCCGAGCCAGCCUUGUCAACGAACUGUUCGAAGCGUUGAUGUUUCGCCAGCCCUACACCAUCUUCAGUUGUAUCCUUUACGUCAAAGACGUCUUCCCCGCGUACCUUCAAAAGCUAGCGUUGGAUGACGCUAAAAAGAAUUUAACAAAUUUCAACUUAAUGAAAGAGGACUUCUUUACUGUUUUCAACUCGGUUUAUCAGGCAUCAGUCGAUGCUCUUGGCAGAAGUCGCGCCUUCAAGGACAAAGUAUUUAUGAAACACAUUGUGAAAGGCUUGAGGCUCAGUAAGAUGAUGUUCUUCGACUACCCCGUGUAUGAGGACGCAACUUUUUUGAAGUACUUUGCAAGUUCGGACUUUUCAAAGCCGUUCACCCACCGACUCAUGAACAACGUAAUUCCCUUGAUUAAAUUUGCCAGCGAGACAAAGAAUAAAGUGGCAUAUAUUCCGUCGGUGGAUGAGGUAAGUGGCUGCAGCUUCACAAAGCUCAUUAGCAGCAAGAUUCAUAUAUGUAUAUUGAAACCUCUGUGCAAUGAACCCUUCUUGAAGGGCCAAUUUUAGGCCAACCUAAUCCAAAGACAAAAAACGUGCCGUUUUACAUCCAGAAAGUAUCAAAAAUAUGGCAAAAUGCUUCCUUCGCCAAGUGAAAAAACUUCGUUUUGAAGGACGCCUAGCAAGAAGAGCGGGCGCGGUUUUGAAAUCUGAGUUUUUUCGACUUGGAGAGGGAGGCAUUUUGCUACAUUUUUUGAUACUUCCCGGAUACAAAAUGGUGCUUUUUUUGACAUUCGAUUAGGUGUGCCACUGUAUUAAUCCCAAAUUUUCAGAAAGCCCGCUACUUUGCGGAGAAAUUUUCCCUCGGGAUGGACUGGGCUCUCACGCUUCCCCCAAUAUACCAAACUGGGUUGUCACCGGUCAUUCUUUUCUCGUCGAUUGGAUCAAUAAUUGGCCACGAAAUUGCGCACUUUUUCAGUAAGCAUUUUCAAUAUAAUGAAAAAGUUGAAAGCCUACUAAUGAAAAAUUUGAAAGCCUUUGUCGGUUUUCUUUAAGAGUUCAAAUUUGAUUUUCAGAUGCGGUAUUUAACCUGGCAUUCCGAUAUCCAGAGUUGCAGAAGAUGAAAGAUUGUGUGGUUAAUUUGUACAAGGAUCAAUGUUCUCCGCAAAACAAAAGCAUCUGCAUUGAUUCGGAACUGUCGUUCGCUGAGACCUUCCCGGAUAUCAUGGGUAUGGACUUCUUUUACUUGUUGUAUACACAUUAGACAGUCAAGCAAUUCUUCUCUCUCUACCCGCUUUCCAAAUUCUCCAUGGUAUACUAGGUAGUGGAGAAUAUGAGACUUGAUUUUUAGCCCCACUUGGCCCCCUAAAAUUUCAGUUUUAGGUGCGCAAUGGUCCUACUCAGCAUUCAAAACCUACACCCUUCACAAGCAGUCAACACCGGCCGUCAAAAGUCGUCUCUUACAUUCAAUGAGCGAUGACGUCAUAUUCUUCAUCAACCUGGCUCAAACUUGGGCUUAUGGCCCGGACUGGAGUCGGUUCAGCCCCGCCCGACGUGAUCCCCAUCCACCGGCGCCAGUCAGAAUCUUCGGCAUGCUGGCCAACUUCCCAGCAUUUACAAACGCGUUCCGUUGCGAGCUGGGAUCAAAAUAUAAUCCGACAAAGAAAUGUGAUACAUUCAUUGGUGAGUUCUUCGGUGAUCCGAAUGUUACUGUCAAAUAUACAACAAUAAAGGCGUAGUCUGACGAAUUAAUGGGAUGAAAUUUGAAAACAAGCUUUGAGAUAAUACAGGUUGACAAAGACAUCUACAUAAAUACGAUUUUCGAAAUAAAUAUGAGUUGCAUUUGUUCUUUGUGGGAAAUCUGGACGAAAGAAUCAAAAAGUUGUUGGCCAGAAAGUCGACUCAUCAGAAAGAAGUUGAUCAGGAGGUCCAAGAACUAUUAUAACAAAAAGAAAAAAGGUGGAAGGAAGAAUGACAACACUCACGGAGAUGAAAGACGUCAAUGUUGUGACUUGUAAAGUGGUAAGUGGUGUCUGAGUUGGGUUGGGAGGGGGUUCUUGGUUGUUCUAGGCAGCUGAAAGGGAAGAGGAAUUCAAGGCGAUUUGAAGGUAAUGGGUCAAACUUUCUAUAGUUAGCGGCAUAAAAGUUUAGGGUGGUUUGAGUUGGGUUAAGAGGGAAUUUUAUAUUGCACUAGGUGUCUGGAUGGGGGAAAGUUGAAUUGAAGGUGCUUGUGUGGAAAAUGGGGAUCGACGUUGAAUACGAAGGAAGCUAGUAGGUGUUGCUACGAACUAAAGCAAUUUUAAAUUGGUGUCUUAUUGUUAUUUCGGCUUAAAACUUGGCUUUAUGUUGUACCAGACAGGUGGAAAGUAAAAAUUGAUUUUUGGCAGGAAAUUAGUCUCAAUAUGGGAUAUUUACAAGAUUAUUUGUCCAAGAAUAAAACCAAUAAAAAAGUUACCGAAAAAUUUUUCGAUUCUUAUGCAAAUUUUGCACUAAGAAGAUUGAAAUCUAAAUUGGUCCCUUCAUUCUUUUCACACUCUCGUCUCUCCGCGCGGUGCUUCCGACAUGAUGCUCCUUCGAGAGCUGAGUUCUACUUCUCGAUAACGACCUUUCUGCAGAGUCUCAACUUUUGAGGGUCAAGUCCCGAACGAGUUCCAGAUAAUAACCCAUGCAAAAGGUAAUGAUGGAGUUUUUAUUCGAUACACGUACAAUCCGUCCGAGAAAAAUUUGACGUAAGUGGGACGCGGGUGCAAAAUUUCAAUUUUAUGUGCAAGAAUUCAUCUAGUAAAUUGGUGACCCUAAUUUUGUGGAUUUUUUUAGUUCGACAGGGAGGUAUUUUGCUGCGUUUUUGAUACUUGCCGGAUGCAAAAUGAUACGUUUUUUGCCAGCCGAUUCGGUCCGCCACUGUAAAAACAUUUCAAAAGUGUUCAAAUUUCGCAAAAAUUCUUUUUCCAGUCUCGAAACGAAAAAAUUAAACGGUUAACCCGAAAUGUCGUUGACCCGAUCUGUCCCUGACCCGAAACGCCGUAGCGGUCGGCCCAGCCCGGGGGCCGGAAGAGGUCGGCCCGGCCCCGGGGCCUUUAAAACUCGUUCGGGGCCCACUAGCCAUGUCUAGUGUAACAUAACCUACUUGCAGCCGUCAUCGCGCCUUCCAUGUUCGCUACGAGUUCUCCACUGCGAUGGGAAUGCGGACGCCGAAGAAGUGCACGGACGGUUUCGAUGUAGUGAAGCUGAAGAGUGGCAAGAAACUUGUCGUCCCGGUGAGUUUUGUGACUAUUUGUGCUUCUUUGAUGGUUACGAAUAACGCGCUUUGUUUCAGAGGGUAAUCGAUAAUGUGGAGGCGAAGCGAAGGCGAAUUUGGUGCAUUUUACGAAUACAAGUACCAGGGGACAUCGUACUGGUACAAGUUGGAGGCAAACCUAGGCCCCAGAUACAAGCAACCGCUCGCCAGCGAGAGCGGCGUCUACCAGCUGGUGGAGAAAUAUUUCAAGAGCCCAAAAAACGGUAAGUUGGAUGCGGACCAAAAAAAUUUUUUCUUGUUUCCGACAAAAAACUCGGUUUUCAUAAUGGUACAAGCCAUAAUUAGCACUAAAAAACGACGUACUGCGUAGGCGCGUUUUCAGCGAACUUUCAGUUAGCACAUUGGCUGCAGGAAAAGGCAUUUCUCGGUUUGCAAGAAGAGCGUCCCUGAUUAAAAAACUUUUAAGCCCCCUUUGUUUCAGCUUCUUUUACUUUGGCGGCAUGCUCGGCUGCUGUCAAUUCUCCGUAGGCGUCUACUGCAUGCGGGUCAAAAAUUUUGGUCCAAACUUUCGCGAGAAUCAAGGAGAGCGUGUUCUACGCCAAGCAAGACCAAGAUACUUAUCGGGUGAGUGCUUAUAUUUUUCUUCUACCUUAUAUUUUUCUUCUUCAGUUCGUAAUUACUGCUAUUAGAAUCGGCUCGGAACGCUCGGCCUUCUAUCCAAUUCCUGAACUGGCUACCACUCACAUCCACGCGAAGAAAGUGUUGAAUGUGGAAGAUGCGGAGAGUCUGCUCUACAUGAGCUUGGGCAUGAUGGCUACAUUGCCUUGGGCGGGAAUGAAGAAUAUUGAAGAGAUUCGAAAGGCCAAGUUAGAGUGCACUGACGUAUGCGAGGUGCCCACGGCAACCCAAAGUAGAACUUUUGUUUAUUGCAGUUGUGUUGUUAGAUAA